AUGAGAUUGCUCCACUUUUCUUCGUCUUCAAAGAGUCUUCGCUCUCAAGAUUCUUCCAUCUAUUACAAUAUAAAAAUUCGAACUUUGAAUCUUGGAUCUGGUAGCUUUCUCUUGAAAGGUUUCAAGAUUUGUCUUAAUAGCUCUUUAGGGUUCUUGAAUCUCUACUUUUCCCUAAUGGGCUUCUUUGAAUCAGAUGUUCAAUUCGGUAAACAAGAACUGAUUCAUGCUGUAGUUCCAUUAUUGAAGCUCUUGACUCUUACUGUUAUCGGUGUUCUUCUUGCACACCGAAGAACACAAAUCGUCCCAAAAUCAACCUUCAAGCUUCUUAGCAAACUUGUCUUUGCUCUGUUUUUACCCUGCACAAUCUUUAUUCACUUGGGUGAAUCAAUUUCUCUCAAGAAUUUAACUUUAUGGUGGUUUAUACCAGUGAAUGUAAUCAUCAGUACUGCAAUCGGCUGUCUAUUGGGGCUGCUGGUGGCGGUGAUUUGCCGGCCGCCACCGGAGUUUUUCCGAUUCACCGUGAUUGUAACCGGUUUCGGAAACACCGGAAACUUAAUACUCGCGAUUGUUGCUUCGGUUUGUCAUAGCGAAGAUAAUGCUUUCGGUUCUGAUUGUCAUACAUCUGGUACUGCGUAUGUUUCUUUAGCUCAAUGGGUGUCUGUUCUUCUAGUUUAUACUCUCGUUUACCACAUGAUGGAACCUCCGAUGGAGUAUUACGAAGUCGUCGAAGAAGAUGGAGAAAUCGAGAUUGUUCAGGAGAAUUUACCGGUGAACGAUCUCAGCCGGCCGCUUCUUCACGAAGCAGAGUGGCCGGGGAUGGAAGAUAAAGAAACUGAACACUGCAAAACACCAUUCAUCGCUAGAGUUUUCGCUAACGAUUUCUCUCUGGCUUCCAUUCCCGACCCAGAUUCGCUAGAAGACAACCAUGAACAGCCGCGAAGUCCGAAAUCAAUCAGGUGUUUAGCAGAGCCACGAAUGGUUAGAAGGAUAAGAAUCGUCGCUGAGCAAACCCCAGUUCGCCAUAUCCUUCAACCUCCGACGAUAGCUACUCUUCUAGCUUUAAUCAUCGGAAUGGUUCCGUUUCUGAAAUCUAUAGUGUACGGAGAUGACGCUCCUUUAUCGUUCUUGACUGACAGUCUAGACAUUGUCGCCGGAGCAAUGGUGCCGUCGGUGAUGCUUGUUCUUGGAGGGAUGAUUGCAGAAGGUCCAAACGAAUCAAAGUUAGGACUUCGAACUACUAUCGGGAUUCUUGUCGCGAGGCUAUUGAUUCUUCCGAUGUUGGGAAUCGGGGUUGUGUUCUUGGCUGAUAAACUAAAUUUGCUGAUUGAAGGUGAUCGGAUGUUUCAGUUCGUGCUUCUGUUGCAAUACACGACACCAAGUGCGAUCUUGUUUGGUGCAAUUGCUAGUUUGAGGGGUUACGCAGUUAGUGAAGCUUCGGCACUUCUGUUUUGGCAACAUGUUUUUGCGUUGUUUUCUCUUUCGAUGUAUUCCAUCAUCUACUUCAAGUUGUUGCUUACGUAUAAAUGA